AUGGCCCAUCCAUACGCGCCGAUGGGCGGUAGCUACGAUGAUCGUGUCGUAGGUAUUGUAGUGGACGAAUUUCUGAAAGCAGGUUGGGUGGUAGGCACAUUCAACUUCAGAGGUGCACACGGUUCCAAAGCCCGCACAAGCUGGUCUGGGAAACCCGAGCUCGACGACUACACGUCGUUUGCUGCAUUCUUUAUGCACUAUCUGAGCUACCUAAAGCCCUAUCCGAAACUUGUACCACUAGAACUGUCACCGGUGGUGUCGGAGGCCGAAUACCACGAGUCUUUCGCACGUCAACGUGUGGAUGAAGGUCCCAUCGUUAUCCUCGGAGGUUACUCAUACGGUUCCCAUAUUCUUCGACACCUACCGCCAGUCCCAUCCGUACUUCAGCCAUUCGUCGCUCCUAUAGCUGGCUCCGCAAGCGAUGAAAUAAUCCUGCGAGCACGUAAAUUGGCAGAACAAAGCAACAUGGCUUGGAGAGACUUAGUACGCAAUCAUGAGCGUGAAAGCCGGUCCAGGAAGAAGGGACACGAGCCAAAACACUCUGUGACGAUGGGUGGAGAAGAGACAACUCCGGAGAAGAGAAGGACCAGCAGGGAGGUCCGCAGGAGUACUGACAGAAGAUUGAGUGUCGAGCUUGGAAAUAGACUGAGGAGCCUUAGUCAUGGUCAUCGCAGACACAAGGACGACAGCCCACCAACUCCGUUGGAAACGCACGAAGUUGCUCCAAUCAUAAUGCCCGAAGUCCGUUAUCUGCUUAUAUCACCUCUGACCCCCCCGAUAUCUACGCUUGCCGCACCUGCUUUAGGUCACAAAUUCUGGCACAAAUCGAAAGGAAGUAGUGAAGAAGUUGUAGCUCACCACAUCGGACUCGCAGUGUAUGGCGAUCAGGACAUUUUCACCUCAGCGCGGCGAAUCCGAGAUUGGAGCGAACAGCUUAAGGCUAUGCAGGGGUCGCGAUUUUCAAGCGUGGAAGUCGCUGAUGCAGGUCACUUUUGGGUUGAGAGGGGCGUGGAAGAAAAGCUGAGAGGUGCGCUUCGAGAAUGGGAAGCGGGAGUGAGAUAA